AUGGGUCGCCUUCACUCCAAGGGCAAGGGCAUUGCCUCUUCCGCCAUCCCCUACUCUCGCACCGCCCCCGCUUGGGUCAAGACCACCCCCGACCAGGUUGUCGACCACAUCUGCAAGCUCGCCAAGAAGGGUGCUACUCCUUCCCAGAUCGGUGUUGUCCUCCGUGACAGCCACGGUGUUGCCCAGGUCAAGAUCGUCACCGGUAACAAGAUCCUCCGUAUCUUGAAGUCCAGCGGCCUCGCUCCCGAACUCCCCGAGGACCUUUACUUCCUGAUCAAGAAGGCCGUCGCUGUCCGCAAGCACCUUGAGCGUAACCGCAAGGACAAGGACUCCAAGUUCCGCCUCAUUCUGAUCGAGUCCCGUAUCCACCGUCUGUCCCGCUACUACAAGACCGUCGGUGUCCUGCCCCCCCACCUGGCGCUACGAGAGCGCCACUGCCUCCACCCUUGUCGCAUAAGCGCCUUCAUGGUGUUGUGGUUUGUGGUCUUGGAGGAUCGUGGUCGUGGAGGAAUACCAUGGAUUGUGUCCAAGUAUUUCUUUUCAUGGGCUAGAUACGCCGGAUAA